AUGGAAGAGGAGACCUGUGGAUGGUUCAUCUUGAACAAAGGGAUUUUGAAAGUAUGGGAGGGAGUAUGCGCUCUGCUUGUUGACACCGAUGUUCACUUCUUCAAAGUCCGGGACGGAAGAAUUUUCGGCAUUACUCUAGAAAAUGCGGCUGUCACUGAGAUGAUCUCCGAUGGCUACUGGAGCUGUGUGGAAGUAACUGGGAAAUUAGAAAAGGGAAAUGGAUCCUUUUACUAUCACGCAGAUAGUCCGAGAAAUGCCUACACCAUGCUGCAGCACACGCUGGAUUUUUCUAAGGAGUGCAUCUCUUCGCUGCUGGUCCGACUGGAUCCAGAUCCGCUCAGGUGUCGCGAUAUUGAUUGGAUCUCUGAACGAAUCACCACAUGGUCUCAAUUUGGCCGAUAUUUCUGUAGCGAAGCUCAAGUAGUGCUGGACUCUAAUAUGCCCCUGUGA